AGAUCAAAGCCCACUACUUCUUCCACAGCAUCGACUGGAGGAAGCUUCUGGACCGCAAGUACGAGCCAAGCUUUAAGCCGAACGUGGGACACUGCGAACUUUGACCGAGAAUUCACCUCUGAAGCGCCGACUGACUCUUACGUCGAAGGACCCAUGCUCUCGCAGACGAUGCAGCAGCAGUUUGCUGGCUGGUCGUACAACAGACCCGUCGCCGGUCUUGGAGAUGCGGGAGGCAGUGUUGUCGACAACGCUUUUGAGGAUGCGGCCAGAUAGAGCGGCCGAAAGAUGGUCAUCAGGUCUGCAAUUGGCACGACUUAUGAUGAUUGGAUUCAACACUUGAGCGAUUGUGUUCAAUCCGGUUUCUUCAUGCAUUUAAGCAGGGCAAGGCAGGAUAGGGUAGGUUGGAGCGGGGUGGAAAUUGAGUUUUUUUGUUGCUUUUUUAUACAAGAGAGGGCCCAGAGUCCUGUAGCUGGCGCGCCGGACGUCGUCCUUUGCGGGCGAGAGCAGUGCUUGACGGUCGGCGGAGCGUGCGGCUUCUUUUCACAAUCUAACACACAGGGCGGUUGGCGCUGCGUUCGGGCUGGUUCUGCUUCUCUGGGAAAUAGAUCUUUCUUUCGCGGGCAUCUUUGCCUCAUUUUUGAAGUGAGGCGUGACCCCUCCGCUCCUUCCCAUGCGGUCUCGAAUGAGGUCGCAAGGUGGAAGCUUGGUAAGGCAACUUGCAAGAGUGGGGCUCAGCUGCAGCUAAUUCGUGGAUAUCACGGCGCUCGAUUCGAGACCGAAGGCGUUGAAUACUGAUCGUCUGAUCUGUAACAAGCACGCGAAUGGCGAUUGGCCGUAGUGGAGCAGUUUGCAGAAUAGCAUCGUAUAGACGCCUUAUGUAACUUGUUAUGGAGCUCAGAUUAUGUCAGGCAAUGACAUAG